AUGUCUGAUCAGUCGAGCAACAGCGGACCUCGUCAGUCCAAGCUUGAUAGUGAAUUUGACCCUCGAAACGAAAACCGCGGAGGCACAGAUAACCAAAAUGGUCCAGACGUCCAUUUAGGAUAUGUACCCAAGUAUGGCAAAGGAGGUCUCUACAAGCACGGAAUUACCGACAGACUGGACCCCAAAGUAUAUUCAGACCAGGAUCAUAGUCAUCGCGAGAAAGUUGCUGCCAGCACCCCCUUCAUGCCCCAGGCUGGAAAACCCGCAGGAACUCACAAAAAUAUGGCGGAUAAUCCCGACCAGAGUUUUGAAGUAUAUCCGAAUAAUUCUCGCCACGAGAACGUCGCUGCGAGCACCCCUUUUAUGCCCCAGGCCGGAAAGCCCACUGGCAAUUGA